CUGGGAAGGGCCGGCCGCGGAGGGGAGUCCCCGGGGUAGGGGGCGGUGGUCUGCGUCCCUCUCGGCGUCCGGGCGCUGCCCCGAGGCUGGGGGCGUCGGGCUCGAGAACCAGGAACGUCUGAGGUCUGCGGUCUGGCUGGAAGAUGUCUGCCCUCACUACCCUGUUUAAGUACAUUGAUGAAAAUCAGGAUCGCUAUGUUAAGAAACUUGCAGAGUGGGUGGCCAUCCAGAGUGUGUCUGCGUGGCCUGAGAAGAGAGGCGACAUCAGGCGGAUGGUGGAAGUUGCCGCCGCGGAUAUCAAGCAGCUGGGCGGCUCUGUGGAACUGGUAGAUAUUGGAAAACAGAAGCUCCCUGAUGGCUCAGAGAUACCACUGCCACCCAUUUUACUCGGCAAGCUGGGCUGUGACCCACAAAAGAAAACCGUGUGUGUUUAUGGACAUCUGGACGUGCAGCCUGCAGCCCUAGAGGAUGGCUGGGAUAGCGAGCCCUUCACCUUGGUGGAGCGAGACGGCAAAUUGUAUGGGAGAGGCGCAACUGAUGACAAGGGGCCAGUGGCUGGCUGGAUCAACGCCCUGGAAGCCUUUCAGAAAACGAAUCAGGAAGUUCCAGUCAAUGUCCGAUUCUGUUUGGAAGGCAUGGAGGAGUCGGGCUCUGAAGGCCUAGACGAACUGAUUUUUGCCCAGAAAGACACGUUCUUUAAAGAUGUGGACUACAUCUGCAUUUCCGACAACUACUGGCUGGGAAAGACAAAGCCAUGCAUCACGUACGGUCUCAGAGGCAUCUGCUACUUCUUCAUCGAGGUGGAGUGCAGUGACAGAGACCUCCACUCGGGCGUGUACGGUGGCUCCGUGCACGAGGCCAUGACGGAUCUCAUUGCACUGAUGGGCUCCCUGAUGGACAGGAGGGGGAAGAUCCUCAUCCCGGGCAUCAGCGAGGCCGUGGCCCCUGUGACAGAGGACGAGCUGCAGCUCUAUGACAAGAUCGACUUUGACCUGGAGGAGUACGCCAGGGACGUGGGGGCGGACACCCUGCUGCACAGCUGCAAGAAAGACAUCCUGAUGCACAGAUGGCGGUACCCGUCCCUCUCCCUCCACGGGAUCGAAGGCGCCUUCUCGGGGUCGGGGGCCAAAACCGUGAUUCCCAGGAAAGUGGUCGGCAAGUUCUCCAUCAGGCUUGUACCAAACAUGACUCCUGAGGUGGUCAGCGAGCAGGUCACAACCUACCUGACUAAGAAGUUUGCUGAGCUGCACAGCCCUAACAAGUUCAAGGUGUACAUGGGCCACGGCGGGAAGCCCUGGGUGUCCGACUUCAACCACCCACACUACAUGGCUGGGAGAAGAGCCCUGAAGACAGUGUUUGGCGUUGAGCCGGACCUGACCAGGGAAGGCGGCAGUAUUCCCGUGACUCUGACUUUUCAGGAGGCCACAGGCAAGAACGUCAUGCUGCUGCCCGUGGGGUCGGCCGAUGAUGGCGCGCAUUCCCAGAACGAGAAGCUCAACAGGCACAACUACGUGGAAGGAACCAAAAUGCUGGCCGCGUACCUGUAUGAAGUGUCUCGGCUGAAGAACUGAGGCAGGCUUCCCACAUGCCCCGCCCACCGCCCUCACUCUCCAGGUGGUGCAGGAAAGCAGAGCGCGUCUCUCCCCAUCCCUUCGUUAUCACUUGGGUGCCCAGGAUGACGCGAGAGCAUCACUUGUCUCGUGCGUGGAGUUACAUGUGCUGCACAGUUAGAGGUUUUCAGUCCUGGGGCAUUAAUGGCCCCGAGUCACAGCCGAGUUCUCAGAUGCUGUCAGCACCACCCAGUCUCGGGGAAGUAGCCCCGGCCUGGGGGGCACGAGCCCCGUGGGAGGUCCUGGCUGUCCUCCUGUGGGCCUCGCGGGGCCUUGGCGCGUUCUGGUCCAUCUCUCCUGCCCGGCUCAGGGCCGUGCAUACUGGGGAUAUUUGGUCAGGCACGUCUGACGCCUUGAGGGGCCCCCUCCUGAUUACUGUCUGUUGUGCACAUUCUGUCCUCCAGACGUCAGCCGUCACUCAUGUGUCCUGUCUUCUCUUCAUUGUGAUCUCAGACCUUAACCUGCCUGGCCCGACUGUUUGGUCUCAGUCUGUACCACUAAAUAAAAAGUAAACACGAA